UCAAAAUGAUAUAGGAUUCUGCUUGAGAAUUCGGUUCUAUGGGAUUUUUUCCAUUUUUUUAUCUAUUGGAUUUCCCGUUGUUCAAGUCGAGAAAUACUAUGGCUUAUUUCACCCACUGGAUCUGAAAGAAUUGGAAAUCUGGAACUGCGUCGAUAUAUUGAUAUUUCCGUCAGGGUACUAAAGUAACUGUAUAUGUACUGAGUAGUUUGAAAAGUUGGCCCUUAGUAUUGGAUUAUCUGUGUAGUAUGGAUCGAAUUGUCGAUUAGUUCGAGGCCUGGAGGGGGAUGUGCACCAUGAACAGAAUCUGUGCUCUCCAAAUCGCUGGAUGUCUAAUCAUGCUUUCGAGAGUCGGGAGUUUCAAUGCAGGACCGUUCCGGAGUUAUUACAUCAUGUAAAUUCUAAUUGCGACUUUGGAAUUAUGCAGUUCAUUUAAGAUAUUUCACGAAGACACCAAGUAUUUUUUUUAGAGCUUUAACAAGGUGCCAUGAUGGUGACAGUGUUGAAAAUAUCAAUUUCUAGUAAAAGGAUACGUUGUAGGUGUUUAGACUAAAAGCGAUUAUAAAGAUGGAUAACCCAGCUUUCCAGGAAGAUCCAGGGGAUCCGGCUGAUGAUGAUCGACUUGAGCUGGUGCCUGUGCGUGAUGGAUUCUAUGUACAGUUCACAGUCACCCCAGCCACCCUUGACAUCGAACCCGAUGCCAACCACAGUCGGUCCUCCCCCGGGACGCCCCUUAUUCCAUCGAGGUCACUAUCCGUGCCGGCCCCCAAUAGACACAGCAGCAGCACAAAUAACCUGACGUCUCUGCUCUACCCGUCGCAUAUCUUAGAAGAGGGCGAUUCGGACUCGUUGACACAGACCAGUGUUACCCGGUUGCUGGGCAGGAAGUUUCGGAGUGCUGCCAAUUAUGAACUGCUGAAGAUACAGGAGCAACAAGAACAAGAGAAGAGAGAGAAGCAGAAACUAAAGCGGGUUCGGCCAAAGAAGAGAUUGGUCUCAAAAUUUGAGAGUUUAGACUACGAUAUCUGUGAGAACAAACUAUGGCAGAAAGAACAAGAAAAGCUCAGAUCCUUGAAGGUACAGCGAAUCUGGUUAGCACGCUGGUUUGUGAUGGUCCUGGUUGGAUUCUGCACAGCUGGUGUUGCGAGCUUUAUAGAGGCGUCCAUCCACUUUAUAGCAGAUUGGAAGUUCACUGCGAUAACUUAUUUAAUAGAACAAACUAUAGAGAAAUCCACUUUAAUCAUCCCAUUGUUAGUCUGGGCAGCAAUCAACAUGGCAUGUGUGCUUCUAGGUUCAUUACUGGUCACUAUAGUAGCUCCUGCAGCUACUGGUAGUGGUAUCCCGCAUAUAAAGUGCUUCCUAAAUGGCGUUAAGAUAAAGGGUCUACUCUCGCUGAAGUGUCUGGUAGCCAAGGCUCUGGGAGUCGUACUUUCCAUUGUUGGGGGCCUUGCUUGCGGGAAGGAAGGUCCCAUGAUCCACUCGGGGGCGAUUGUGGCGGGUGGUGUCUCUCAAGGUCGAUGCAAGCUAUGUAACGUAGACUUCAAAGUAUUUGAAUUUUUCCGCACAGAUCAUGAACGACGAGAUUUUAUAUCUGGGGGCGCUGCAGCUGGAGUAGCCGCAGCUUUUGGUGCACCUGUAGGUGGACUGUUGUUUAGCUUAGAAGAAGGUGCUAGCUUUUGGAAUCAGUCUUUAACCUGGAGAAUAGUGGUGUCAUCCAUGAUUGCCACGUUUACCGUCAAUGUGUUGCUGAGUGCCAUAAAUGGACAUGCUGGUGACCUCACCUACCCUGGCCUCGUAAGCUUUGGCCUCUUCCCAAACAUCACAUAUCAGAUUAUAGAACUUCCAAUAUUUCUUGCCAUGGCUAUCUUUGGCGGUCUGACUGGAGCGCUAUUUAACUACGCUAACAUACAGUUAGCAGUCUUCAGGAAGAGGUUCAUCAACAAGAACGUGCUAAAGAUCGUCGAGGCUGUGGUGGUAGCCGGUGUUAGCGCCAUUGUAUCUUUCAUCCUGCUUUACGCCAUCAACGACUGUCAGCUUUCUCACUUUGAAAAUAAAACGGAGCAUGAGCAUAAGACACAGAUGUUCUGCCCUGAAGGUCACUACAACACACUUUCCAGACUCCUCCUUAGAUCUCCCGAAUCAAGUCUGAAAAUCAUGCUCCAUGAUCCUCCAGAAGCUUACAGUGUAUUAACCCUCUCCAUCUUCAUGAUCCUGUACUAUUUGUUGGCCAUGUGGACGUAUGGCCUGUCUGUAUCCAGCGGCAUCUUCAUUCCGUCUCUCUUGAUAGGAGCCACUUGGGGGCGACUUGUAGGGAUUGGUAUCACGAGUGCAUUCCCAUCCAUGUCCCAUAAUAUUGGUAAAUAUGCGUUGAUUGGAGCGGCGUGUCAGCUUGGUGGAAUAGUCCGUAUGACGAUCUCCCUGACUGUGAUCUUGGUCGAGUGUACCGGAGACAUUCGAUUCGGCCUUCCUAUUAUGAUGGUGCUCAUUAUAGCUAAAUGGACUGGUGAUUUCUUCAAUCAGGGUCUUUAUGAUAUGCAUAUUCAGCUGUUGGGUAUUCCAAUAUUGCCAUGGGACCCACCAGAGCUGUCUUCAAACAUUACUGCUGAAAAAAUCAUGAGUAUGCCCGUGGUAGCAUUCCAGGAGACAGAGUUGGUGGGGAAUAUCCUCGAUACACUGUUGGAGGUCACACAUAAUGGUUUCCCCGUUGUACAGGUCAUACAGUCAGAUAUAAGUGAUGAAAGUUAUGGGAAGUUGAAAGGUUUUAUUCUGCGCUCACAGCUGACCUUCCUGCUCAAGAAAAGAGCGUUCACUAAUCACGAGGGUGAAUGCUUCCUCAAGAAGGAGUUGAAGCCACAGAACUUCAGGGACGAUUAUCCCAGACACACAAAACUUAGCGAUAUCACUAUAAAAGAGGAGGAACGUGACUACACAAUUGAUUUGACACCAUAUAUGAAUCCUGUGCCUUACACGGCCAGACAGAACGUUUCGCUACCAAGAAUAUUCAAGCUGUUCAGAGGUCUAGGCCUACGCCACCUAGUGGUUGUGGAUGAAGACAACGAAGUCGUCGGAAUCGUCAGUCGGAAAGACUUGGCACGUUAUCGGCAGAUCACGCGCCGUCUUGGACUAGAAGUUGACAAAUUAGAUAUCAUCGACUCCUAGCUUCUUCACGAAAACAGGGAUUUUAGUUGUCUGGUGGUCAUUUCAAAAAGGCUGCCAUGGAUCAUUGGGGAAGAGGAGCAGUGUGCAGUGCUCAGUUCAUGGUCUCAUACAUAGGGGGCAGUAUCAGAAUCUCAAAGAUUCUCUGCACCUGAACGAGUGUCCGUGCCAGGGCAGGUUAAGAAUCUAACAUAGGGAGUAAAUGUGUAACUUGAAGUUAACUAAAUCUAAUUGCAACAAUCUGAAAAUGGGCCACGAAGCCUAAAAUGAUCAGACUGAAUGAUAAUGAAGACAGUGUUAUGCAAUUCAUAAUCAAAGUGCACUUUCAGGAAUGACUGGACUUGGAGGGUAAAUCUAGAUCUGUGAUUUUCACCUUAAACCCCAUUGUGACUCUACUCUAUUAUCUACAGUGUGUGUUAUUGGUUUGGGUAGGGUGGCAUGGAGCGUAUGAUAUUCCCUUUUCCAAAAUCUGUUUGUUUUUUAAUACGAGGACUUUUCUACUAGCAUUGUUAUGAUUUGUAUAUGUGCUUUUGUAAAUUGUAAAUAUGUUAAUAUCGAAUAUGUCACAUGAGCAGCAAGCAGGAGGGAAACCUGUGAUAUGUGUAUAGCAUGGUUAGGACUGACUUCAUCGGAAAAGUCGCCCUUAGCUGAAAGUUUGUGAAGUAUAAAUGGUUAUGUUAUAUUUAUCAUUAGAAUAAAAUCCCGUUUCUUUGAGGGUUAGUUAGUUAUAUCAA